CUCUGAGAUCGCCUGGGCUCCUGCAUCCUUUCUUUUAAGGCUUUCGGGCUGCGGGCUCCACUGAUGUGACACCCCCCCCUUCCCUUUUUCUUCCUUUUUUUUUUUUUUUUUUUUUGGAAUGAUGGGGAUCUUUUUGGCGUAUGUCGGAUUUGCCUUUUCUGUGUUCUACGUGCAGCAGGGGCUUUCUUCCCAAGCAAAAUUCACUGAGUUUCCACGCAACGUGACGGCCACCGAGGGGCAGAAUGUGGAGAUGUCGUGCGCCUUCCAGAGCGGCUCGGCCUCGGUGUACCUGGAGAUCCAGUGGUGGUUCCUGCGGGGCCCCGAGGGCCUGGAGCCCCCGGCAGAGGUGGCCGGCGCUCAGGUAGAGCUGCUGCCCGACCGAGACCCCGACAACGACGGGACCAAGAUCAGUACAGUGAAAGUCCAAGGCAAUGACAUCUCCCACAAGCUUCAGAUUUCCAAGGUGAGGAAAAAGGAUGAAGGCUUGUACGAGUGCAGGGUGACGGAUGCCAACUACGGAGCGCUGCAGGAACACAAGGCCCAGGCCUACCUGAAGGUCAACGCCAACAGCCACGCGCGCAGGAUGCAGGCCUUCGAAGCCUCGCCCAUGUGGCUGCAAGACAUGAAGCCUCGCAAGAAUGUCUCGGCCGCCGCCCCCAGCAGCAUCCACAGCUCCGCCAACCAGCGAAUGCCCUCCACCUCCAGCCCUCAAGCGGUAGCCAAAAUCCCCAAACAAAGUCCACAAUCAGCAAAGAGCAAAUCGCCUGUAAAACCUACGGAGCGGACAGCAAAGUUGACCCUAAACACCAAGCACCACCACGCACCCACUGUAGCCUAAUCCCCCAGACAAGGAGCACCUGCUUCCGGAAGCAUAACUGAAGAGGCCCUCACACGCUUUGUCCAUAAUGUUUUCUUGGGCAAAACCCAUGAUCUUUCAUUCCAAGAGAAUUAGUGUGAAGUGAUAGGACAUGUUCCGAUAGCAACAUCUCUUUUUUCCCCUUUUCUUCCGGAUACUGAAAGCAUCCUCUCACUGAGGGCCCAGGGGUUGGCCUGAACAUCAUCGGGAUAGUAAAUAUUUACUAUGGAGAUCACCACUUCCUACUAAAAGACCCAUCAUUGCAGGAAGCCAACAGAGAUCAAGAGACUCCAGGACAUACCAACUAUCACCAAACGACACCCCAGUUUUGGGGGGCAAGAACAACAUGAUCACCACUGCGAGACAACGAGGAGAACCUUAUUUUAAAUAAGAAAUAAUAAAAGAAAGAAUUUUUUUUAAUUUUCCAUUUUUCCUUGGAUUUUUCUCCUUUUUCUUGAUUACAGUUCCUGUUCAAUGGUGGCAAGUCGCUGAUUACGGCCAAUCCCUGUCAAUCCUGGGAGCUUUCUAUAAAUACAUUUUGGGUGUUCUAUAUCUCAAUGUAUUUUAAUUCAUUUUGCAAUUCCUGUAUAUGCAAACUGGACAAAUUCUGUAAAUUGCUUCUAGUAUGUGUGCUAUAACUUCAAAGUAGAUAGACUAUGACCUUCAUGCAAGCUGGUUUUUAUCAUAAUAUAUAUAAAUAUACAAAGAUUCACAUGGUGGGUCAUCAACCAAGGUUUUUUUGACAAAGCAUUUGUUUCUCACUGAUGACUCGCGGAUUGUGUGGAUUUUGAAAUGCCUUGUUUCACAGCCACAGGUUUGACAGCUGCAGGUGGCCUGCUGGCUUCUCCUUCCUUCUGGAAAAUGCAUAUUCCGGCUUGUAUUGGUCUCUGAAAAAUGAAUUACUUCUGUUGUGUGUAUGCUUGUUGGGAUUUGCUAUGUUUCUUCACAUAUGGUGUUUGUUGAGUUUCGAGGGUCUCGACUCUAAGGAAUGUACACUCUCUGGUUUUGAUGGCGAUCUCCCAAUUACAGUCAUCAUUGUUACUGUCCAAAAGCAAUGUUGCUCCUAGAAAGUUUGCCUCAGAGGUGACUGUGGAGAAGACGAAGUGGUCACCAUCACUCCCUGACUUCAUGGAACAACACUUCUUGCUGUGGCUAAAGAUGUGCUUCCUUUGACCUUGAUGAAUUUUUGUAGGUUCAUUGUUCUGUUAUUUGCUCCGAAUUAUCUCUUAAUGUCUCCUAAUUAAAAGUUAAAAUGUGGUUGUUGGCUCAAUAGAAUAUGCAAAAGAUGACAACACAUUUCGGAUUGAAGAAGAUCAUGUGUUCAGUUUUUGCUGCUUAACUGGAUUAUUAUUUUAAAUGUUCCAUUCUUAUUUGUGGUUUAUGACCAUUUAGACUAUUUUAUUUAGAGCCUGUUUUCUGCUCUGGCAGAGAAUGAUGGGCAGACCUGUUUGUGUGGGCCAUAUCCACUAUGGAUAGAUGCGGGUUGAGAUAGCAAUGACCUGAGUUUCCUUUCCAGAGCGAUCCUUCCUUUUUUUUCAUAACAAAACCAGAAGACCCUCAGCUCCUAGCCCAAGGUCCUAAACUGAAGCUUGAAGGCAAUGAAUACCUCUGCUUUUCGAAGGUAAAUGCAUUGAUUUUCUGCAAUUCAAUUACAGGCAAUGUGCAUAUUUUCAUAAUAUUCUUGACAUUAUCUACUGAGAAUUAAUGCUUCAUGCUAAACCUUUGAUUGACAUUUUCCUUGUUCAUUUGGUUUAUUAUUUCAGUCUAAUGAAAAAAUAAAUAAAGGAUUUGAUUGCACUAUUUUAUUAA